GUUCUUUUUUUCUUAUAUGACGGUUGAAACAUUGCGUCAGUUCCAGAAUAACAGCUUGUCCAGGAGAUUUUUCUCUUUAGGCUUUUAAACGGCAAGUUGAUUCCAAUCAAAAGUUGGAUUAUAGAACUUGUACCUCAAGCAUUGUUCUUAGGUUUAGGAGAUUAUAAUACUUAUACCUCAAAUUACAUACGUCUUGUUAUUUUAGAGCUCAGAUUGUUUUCAGUUUAAAAAAUUAGUAGAAGAGUAGGGAUCGAUGAAGAGAAAAUUUGAGUCAGUGAUAAUGGAAGGAGAAGAGGAUAUGCAUAACCAUGGCGUGUCGUGGUGGAGAGGACCAUUGAUUGGCAAAGGAGGAUUUGGGUCUGUUUACUUGGCUAAUUUAAAGGAACCCAAAUCAAGAAACAGGAUUUAUCCAUCAGUUAUGGCCGUCAAAUCAGCAGAGGUCUCUGAAUCAGCUUCAUUGCAGAAGGAGAAAGAGGUUUUCGACAAUCUUUAUGAUUGUCCUUAUAUUCUUCAAUGUUAUGGUGAAGAAACUACGACUAACAAGGCUGGAGUGAUGUUUUACGAUGUUCUUUUAGAGUAUGCUUCUGGUGGAACCCUAGCUUCUCUUAUCAAGCAAUCAGGUGGCUGUGGGUUGCCUGAAUUAGAUGUGAAGAGAUACACAAGGUCUAUUCUUCAAGGCAUUAAUUGCAUUCAUAGCAAUGGUUAUGUGCAUUGUGAUUUGAAGCCUGAUAAUAUUCUACUUGUGUCUAUUGGCGGCUCUGAUGGUAAAUUUGUUCCAAAGAUAGGGGAUUUUGGGUUAGCAAAGAAAGUUGUGAAGAGCAAGAAGAGAAAGCUUGGUGGUUCUUACAUUGGAGGGACUACUUUGUACAUGGCUCCUGAAACUGUGAUUGAUCAUAUUCAGGAGGCUCCAUCUGAUAUUUGGGCUCUUGGAUGCAUUGUUUUUGAGAUGUUUACUGGCAAGAAGGUUUGGGAUUCAAAACCUGAUAUGACAACUAAUGAGCUUUUGGAAAAGAUUGGUGAGUGUUAUGAACCGCCUAAAAUGCCUUCUCAGAUUUCAAAAGAUGGAAAGGAUUUCUUGAAAAGGUGUUUAGUGAAGAAGUCUGCGUUUAGAUUUACUGCUGAGAUGCUAUUGAAUCAUCCUUUCCUGUCAGGAUUAGGUGAUAAUGAAACCUGCCAAUUGCGGGGAAGGUAUUGGAGGAAGAAUCGAUAAACUCAUUUGACGCAUCGUCUGAUACCGAUACUGAAUCUUGCGCUCCUAAUGUUUCUGAGAGUCGGAGUGUUAUAUCUGAAGAGGGGUCUCCUUUCCAUUCUUUGUCAAAUGAUGUAGGAGUGAGUAAGCCUGGUAAUUGUGUAGAUGAUACACAGCUUCAUGCUACAGUCUAUGCCAUCCGUGCCAUGGGCCUUGUCUCAUGAGAUGUGCUAGUGUUAAAAGAACAGAAAUUGGCGAUGAUGUUUCGUAGUAAAAUUAAAUGUCCAAGUGUUCUCCAAAAAAUUGUUUUAAGUUUUUUGGGUUUUGACAGUUGUGCACAGUUUUAUUGUUUACAGAGAUGUUUGAAGUGAGAAAUGCAGCAGGAUGCGACAGUUCAUUGAGCUUGCA